AUGAUCUUUCCUCUUCAAUUUGCAGGUGAAAUACCCCCAUUCGACAGCCAUUUCAAGGACGAACCAAAACAGAAAACGAUGAGUUUUGUCGAACUCGAUAGAGGAAUUCUGUUGCCGUUGAAGGCAAAACCGAAAAUGAGAGAAACAAAGACAAUUGUCGGGCUUUAUGACACUGAUUCAGAGGAUGAAGAGAUAUUAUUUUCAAAAGAAAUGCUGAAUAGAUUACGGAAAAGAGAAGCUUCAAUGAAGAAUCCACAAUUACCUUCAUCAUCAGCAGUAACAGAGGCAAUUACAGUGGAUACAAACAGUGAAAAAUCAGCACCGGUAUACUUUGGUUCUCGAAUGGCUGAAUUCAAUAACAUGUUGAGACUUUUGGAAAGAAAACGAGAAGAAUCUAUUUGGGAUGAAAAAUAUGCUCAAGCAUCUGCGAUAGAUGAAAGUGUAAAAGAUCUGAAAGCAAGAGAAGCUGGUCUCAGAGAACUGAUAAUUGAAAGAGAAGAUGCAUUGAAGAGAAAGGAUUUGAUUGUAGCACAAAGAAGCAAAGAUCGUUUUGAUAAAAAUAUGAGUGAUUCUCUCCAUUUACCAACUAUUCGUGGAUUCUUGAGUGAUGAAGAGGUAGUUUGA